GUGUUAGUCGCCAUCUGUUUGGACACAAUGUCAACAAAAAUACAAACAAAUUCAAUGAAUGUUUGGUUCAAUUGUUUUCUAUUUAGUGACAAAUCGUGUGCUUUUAGGUCACAAUUGGCGCCACAAUUGACACCAAAUCUAUACAAACGUUGGCCACUAUUGCGACCGUAAAGACAAUACGCGAAGACAUUACACGACACGUGCGACCAUUCGUGACCAAUUCGGGUGAAAUUUUUUUAAAAAGAAGGACACAAACCCGUCAGCGAUGGCCAGAAAAGACCGCAAAAAAAAGAAAGAAGAAGAGGAGUACGAUGUGGAGGACAUUGUGGCCAAACGUAUCAACGGAGGUGUCAUCGAGUAUUUGGUCAAAUGGUAUAACUAUCCGUCCGAACAAAACACUUGGGAACCGAUCGACAAUCUCGAAGGCAGUCAAGAGAUAAUCAAUGAAUAUGAAGUCAAACAUAGUGGAGAAUCAGUGCCCGAAGUGGACGCCAUUGAACCGGGAAACGGCUUUAACCAGAAAUGGGUGCCAAUUAAAGUGUUUGGCGCUACUAAAAGGCCAGUCGAUGGCCGACUAAUGGUUAUGAUUAGGUGGAAGGGAAACAAGUCGUCCUUCGAGUUCGCAGAAGAGGCCAACACACGAAUCCCACAACUCGUGAUCGCAUAUUAUGAGCAACGGAUCCGAUGGAAGACUGGCAACAGAAAACUCGAGCGCAACAUCUGCUACACUAAUACUGAUGAAGACAUCCAUCAGUUAGUGACCAACGGAGACGUCAUCUAAUUGUUAGACAAUAUUACCGCUCCGUUUGUUUGUGUGAUUUUGACUAUAUUUUUAGUAUUUUUUGCAUUUAUUUUUUUUAAAACAGUCAUUCA